CGCCCACAUAGUCCUACCAACCAAUUGUAGUAGCUCUUACUGAACCACGUCAUUUUACCGCUAAAACCAAAACUACUACCAGCUUUGCCCGGUAAAGCGAUAAUAUCCGUGGGUUUUAGGAAUAGAAGUCUUUCUCAGGGUUAUAAUCUGUGGGGUGAAACUGAGAAUGGGAAUCUCUGGACUGUUGCAAUUCAUCAAAGAUGCAGCAGAGCCAACCAACGUAAAAAAAUAUAAAGGUCAGACUGUGGCUGUGGACACGUACUGCUGGCUACACAAAGGAGCGUUUUCCUGUGCUGAGAAGCUUGCUAAAGGGGAACCAACUGACCAGUAUGUGUGGUACUGCAUGAAGUUUGUGGAUAUGUUGUUAAAUUUCUCAGUUAAACCCAUUCUGGUGUUUGAUGGCCGCAAUCUGCCAUCAAAGCGAGAAGUGGAAAAGACUCGUAAAGAACGCAGGGAAGCCAAUCUUCAAAAAGGCCGACAGCUGCUGCGUGAAGGCAAACUGUCAGAGGCGAGAGACUGUUUUGGACGUUGUGUUAAUAUCACCCCUGCCAUGGCUCAUAACCUUAUUAAGGCUGCGAGGCAGAGAGGGGUGGAUUGUGUUGUGGCCCCUUAUGAAGCAGAUGCUCAGCUAGCUUAUCUUACCAAAUCUGGGUAUGCUCAAGCUGUCAUCACUGAGGACUCUGACCUGUUGGCAUUUGGCUGCAAAACGGUAAUUCUCAAAAUGGACAAGCAUGGCAACGGAAUAGAAAUAGAUCAGAACAACUUGGGCCGCUGCCGGUCUCUAGGGAAUGUUUUCACAGAGGAAAAGUUCCGGUACAUGUGCAUCCUUGCUGGCUGUGAUUAUUUACCCUCACUGCAUGGAAUAGGCCUUGGAAAGGCCUGCAAGCUGCUCCGGCUUGCUAAAGACCCGGACAUUCUCAAGGUGAUCAGAAAGAUGGGCCAGUACCUGAAAAUGAAUGUCGUCGUUCCUGAACAGUACAUUGAUGGAUUUGUCAGAGCCAAUAACACCUUCCUUUACCAGCUGGUGUUUGAUCCUGGCAUGAGGAAGGUUGUGCCCCUUAAUCCGUACCCAGAACAUAUAGAUCCAGCCUCCCUCAGCUACGCUGGAAUAAAUCUAGGAGAUGACAAAGGCUUGGAUAUGGCCUUGGGAAACCUUGACAUCAACACCAUGGAGAGAAUAGAUGUCUUCAGUCCAGACCAUCCCCAGUCAUGUAAAGCCCGCAGCCACAACUGGGGCAACUCCCCGGUUUCAGCAGGAAUCAGCAUCUGGAGCAAGAGCUUCACACCAGCUUCUGCUGGUCCUUCUUGCCCUGCUGCUUACCCAGAAAAGCCACCCUCCACCAGGGGGAAGGAGAGAGUCAUGAGCCUUGAACACCUAAGGCUUCAAGACAGAGAGCAAAAGAGGCCGAGAGAAGAUUCUUAUAUGUCUGAUCAAGAGGUAUUGCAGCAGUAUUCAGGGGUGAAACGAUCCAAGUUAGAAGAGCAAGAAUACAAGCAGACAUUAAGCUGCCAGCCUCGGCUACGCAACUGCUUCGCCUUCACCACACUGCUGCAGAGGAGAAACCACCACCUGUCGGAGGACACCGGCAGUCAGCCCACUCGCAGCAGAUUCUUCAGUGGCUCAAGUUCAGCAACUACUGUGAGCACUAAGGAGUCUACUGAGGGAUGGAAGCCGACAGCUGAAGGCUCUCCUCAGGACACAUCUUCACUCAGUGAAAGUGAUAGUCCUGAUGUCCCACCUGUAGAAACCCCCAGCCCUCCUGUGUCUCCUGACAGUAUACCUUCUGCUUCAGCCAGACUAGGCCUCAAGCUCUUCCAGUGGUCAGGCAGCUCCCCCUUAGGCCUGGUUGCCUUGCAGCAGUUUGAGUAUAAGAGAGAGAUUUCUUCAUCUCUUCAGACAACUUGCCAACUUUCUGGAGACUGUUCUUCCCCUGAGAUAAAUUCAGAAAACAAGGACUAUCCUUCAGACUCUCCUCCCUCUCAGGACAGCGCUUACUUUUCCCAGUCCCAGUCCACUUCCUUGCACAAAGAGGAAGUCCUCCACUACAGCUGCUCCUUUUCCUCCCAGCAGAAGACUUCAUCUGAGCCAACUUCAAUUAUUGAUUUAGAACCAAGACCAGAAAGCCCAGCUUCCUUCACUGAAACAUGUAGAAAACCUGGCAUGCUGGGAUCAAAGGUUUCCGGGCUGUCAAAGCUGAAAUCCAGCAUUCGAAAUCAGGCAGUGAAUACGCCGGCGUUGGGCCCAGCGAAGGCAAGUGGUCUGAGGAAAAAGGCUGUGGGUUCUGGGAAGAAAGAUUCCUCAACCAACAACGAGAACAACCCCGGAGUCCAGGCCACUAUAAGCAGCCUCUGGAAGAACUUUAGCUAUAAAAGGGAAACUCCGAAGAUCAGCUCCUCUAAGAAAGGAGAGCCCAUGUCUCCAGUGAAGGACAACCUGCUGAAUCCUCAGCCAACAUGAAUUUAAAGGUUGGAGAACAUCACUGUGCUGAGUGCUUUGUGAGAGCAAAGCUUUUAAACAUACUAUGUAUGUUGUCAAUAAAUUCUCGUCAACUGUUAUUUUUUAAAUAAACAUGCCUUAAACAUCCAAUCAUA